AUGGGUCGUGGCUGUCUGCUCGGCCACGUGCGGGUCGUGAAACCCACCCUAACACCAGAUGUGUCGGAGGAUACUUUUGCCGCAUUCCGCCUUGGACCAGAUAAAAUGGUAAUAGACCUCACAGAUCCAAAUCGUCCCCGGUUCACAUUACAGGAGCUGCGAGAUGUAUUGCAAGAGCGUAACCAGCUGAAAGCUCAACUUCUUGUGGUGCAAGAGGAGCUACAGUGCUAUAAGAGUGGGAUCAUUUCACAGAGAAGGGACCAAACUGAAGAACUGGAAAAAGAGGCCAGUGGCAGCAGCCCUGGCACCAGCAAGGACAGUGAAGAGAAGACGAUCAUCAAACGGCUGUUCUCUUUUAAACAUGGAAAAUGA